AGAGCAUAUCGAUUGUGGUGGGAGAGUGCCGUGUUCUUUGUGAAGUGUGUGCCUCUCACAGUCAAAGAGACUCAAAACCACUCAGCCACUCUCUGCCUUUAAAAACAGUCGCAGAUCCCAUUCCAUUCCAUUCCUAUCUACCCUCCUAUCUACCUAUCCAACCCAUCGUCCCAAGGAGAAAACAAUGGCUUUCCAGAAGAUCAAGGUGGCCAACCCCAUCGUGGAGAUGGACGGAGAUGAAAUGACUCGAAUUUUCUGGAAAUCCAUAAAGGAUAAGCUUAUUUUACCCUUUUUGGAAUUGGACAUCAAGUACUUUGACCUUGGUCUUCCUCAUCGCGAUGACACUGAUGAUAAAGUUACUGUUGAAAGUGCAGAGGCUACUCUUAAGUACAAUGUAGCAAUCAAAUGUGCAACUAUCACUCCAGAUGAAGGUCGUGUUAAGGAGUUUAACUUGAAGAGUAUGUGGAGGAGUCCCAAUGGCACUAUUAGGAAUAUUUUGAAUGGUACUGUUUUCAGAGAACCAAUUCUUUGCAAAAAUAUCCCUCGCCUUAUCCCAGGCUGGACAAAGCCAAUAUGCAUUGGAAGACAUGCUUUCGGUGAUCAGUAUCGAGCAACUGAUGCUGUCAUUAAAGGACCUGGGAAACUGAAAUUGGUGUUUGUGCCAGAAGGAAAGGAUGAGAAAACAGAACUAGAGGUGUACAACUUCACAGGUGAGGGGGGAGUAGCAUUGGCCAUGUACAACACCGAUGAGUCCAUCCGUGCUUUUGCAGAGGCUUCCAUGACCACUGCUUAUGAGAAAAAGUGGCCUCUUUAUCUUAGCACAAAGAACACUAUUCUUAAGAAGUAUGAUGGAAGAUUCAAGGACAUAUUUCAAGAAGUUUAUGAAGCCAAGUGGAAGUCACAGUAUGAGGCUGCUGGCAUAUGGUACGAGCACCGUCUCAUUGAUGAUAUGGUGGCUUAUGCACUUAAAAGUGAUGGUGGGUAUGUUUGGGCAUGCAAGAAUUAUGAUGGAGAUGUGCAGAGUGAUUUCUUAGCUCAAGGGUUUGGCUCUCUUGGAUUGAUGACAUCAGUACUGGUGUGCCCAGAUGGAAAGACUAUAGAAGCAGAAGCUGCCCACGGUACAGUUACUCGGCAUUACAGGGUUCACCAGAAAGGAGGUGAAACCAGUACAAACAGCAUAGCUUCUAUCUUUGCUUGGACAAGAGGGCUUGCACACAGGGCAAAGUUGGAUGACAAUGCGAAGCUUUUGGAUUUCACUCAGAAACUGGAAGAAGCUUGCAUUGGAACUGUGGAAUCUGGGAAAAUGACCAAGGAUCUUGCACUCAUUAUUCAUGGACCUAAGCUUGCUAGGAACCACUAUUUGAAUACAGAAGAGUUCAUUGAUGCUGUGGCAGAGGAACUCAGAGCAAGGCUUUCUUGAAAGAAUAGUUGUACGGCUAGACAACUGUGGACUUGUCCUUUUGUACUCUCGAAAGAAAUAAUGGAAGGCGGAAUCUUUUCCCUCUGGUGGUUAGAGAUGUUGACUCUAUCUGUUUUUAGUGUAUUAGUUUCUUGUGCACAAUUUGAUUGCUCGACUCUUACUGAUUUGAAUGUUCUUUCUUCAUCAGUUUGCUUCCGUAAGCAAGUUUGACCUUUUUCAUCGCUAAGCCAAUUAUCGUGAUUUCCAGCAAGAAAUCAAGUUUUAGAAGCUCUGUUUGUGAAAAUGACAUUUGAAAAUCACACCUCUGUGGUUUGUAGCCCAAGUGUGUAAUUGUUCUGAUAUUUUCUUGGCUAUUUCAAGAACAGACUUAUGGUCUGAAGUUCAUUUGAAAUUUAGAACCAUGCAAUACAUUUCUGAUAUUUUUCAUUAGUCA